ACCAGCACCAACAGUUUGUUUUGAGACUUGCAACUAAGCACCUCUUUGACCUGAAUCACUUCAAACCAACAUGAAGGUUUUCAUCGCAAUUUUCGUUGUAACGCUGGCUGUCUCCACUAUCGGAUCGUACGUACCGAAUGCCGGAUGGAAUUCCUGGAAUAGUUGGAAUGAUCACAGUUUAAUUGGCAAUUCUUACGCCCAAUCAUGGGCUCCACAAAUAUCUGCCUAUCCUUAUGCCAAAUCGUGGUCAUCUGCUUGGCCAGCAGCAUCUCUGUACAAUGACUGGAAUGGAUAUCAUGGCGGCGUGAACAAGAUCCAAUCGUGGGGUCUUCCAUUGGAAAGUUACGGAUCCGGAUGGGGAUAUCAGAAUCUCGCUAAAGUUGCUGCCCCAGUCACGGUCAACUCCUGGGGACUCCCAUGGGGUUCCUACGGAACUGGUGCCUAUGGAUGGGGACACCACCAAGGACUGAUCAAGACGGUUGUUCCAGUAUCGAAGCAGAUCGCUGCCACUCCGGGAUCGAUUCACGUUGCUCCGGUGCCUGUUGAUGUAGAGAAAGUUGUUGUUCAUUAAAAUCAGUGAUGGACGGAUGAAUUACAAACAAGCAGCACCGAAAUACAUAGUUUGUAUAUUCAUUAGUUUGUUGAAAUUUAUUUCUGAAAAA